AGAGCAAUUUAUGACUUUCUCUAAUGUCAUGAAAGCUUUUUAGCUUAAAUACAAUACAGUAUAAUAUUAUGAUUGCACUGCUAACGUAAUAUAUCACUUUACAAAAUACAUUAGCUAUUUAUCAGCUUGUGUUUCAAUCCUUUACCUACAUUUAUUUUAAUUACUAUGAUUGUGUGUCCAGUUUGAUACUGCCACUUGUUCACAAUAGGGCAAACAUUUUUAUUCAUGGUCUGACACAAUAUGAAACAACUGAGUUCAAAUUAUUUUUGGUGUUCGUUUGCACUGGCUCUGCAUUUUCUUAUCGCCGGUCUUUGCUUCAAAAUUCGAAUGAUAAUUGUAAAGGCAUAACCUUUGACGGCCAGGAUGCCGAGAUCUGUUAAAUCUUUGAAAACCACAUGCCAAAACACUUUAGCAAAAUAUUUAGAUGUGCUGACAGACGUUGGCUGUGUGCCGUAUAAUCUACUCAAGCCCUCACUGGCCUUAGCAACACCUCAACAACUGUAUAGGAUAGAAAAGGCCAAUCCAGAAAUCGCCGCAGUAUCUGACGAACUCUGGUUGAGACACUGUCUUAGCUUUAAAGAUAUAAGUGACGAGUACCAUCAGGGGCAGCAUCAAGAUCCAACGCAAUGGCGGGAUCUCUAUUUAAAUCGAUAUGCAGAGAAUGAAAGAAAAAAACAACUUAUCAGAGAAAAAGUGAGAAGCCAAUACAGCAAAAUACAGAAUGAAAAAGAGCAAAAAUCAAUAAAAGUUCUUCGUGGCGUUGUGCCUGCUAGCAAGCGUACUUAUGAAGCUGCAAGGCGAUCAACUAUGAGUAAAUUGAUGCAACAAACAAGGAAACAAGCCGAAAAAGCUACGUCCAUAUAUUACACAGCAAAACGGCCAGGUUCUCAAGCAGUCAAUAACAGGCAACAUUCUUUUGAACCGGCCAAAAAUAUUUCAGUACCCAUCAUCAGAGCACCUAAAAGAUCCUCUCCGUUGAUUCAAGUUUACGAAUCUUUCAAAUACAAUCAGCCACCCUUACGACAUUAUCAGCCUUUAAGAAACAAUUUAAUUCCUUCCAUCUUGCCGCAGACAAGUAAUAUACCAACUUCUCCUGAAGAAGCGAUAUCAUCCACGAGGAAAACAUCAGUGCUGUUACAGGACAUAAAAGACCCUAAGCUACUGGAGAAAGUACAAAAAGACAGACCAGAACGACCACUGAAGAGGUCAAGGAUUGGAAAACAGUUAAUGAAAGACAACAGCGAUGAACCACUAAUAGCAGAAAAGGCAAAGCGAAAGAAGCCGGUUGCAUUGGUCAACUUUGACAUAUUCAACGAGUUACAAUAAAACGGAACGGCGAUGCAUCGUCUUCUUGUAAAUUAGACAAGG